AUGUCUGGGACCAGCGGCGAUGUUUUCUCCGAGAGUAGUCUGAGGGGCGUUCUGAGCGCCUUGUCGAUACCGAUCUUCUCGCUGGACCUCGACGGCCGGAUCGCCAGCUGGAAUGGGCGUUCCGGAGAGUUCGGGUAUUCCGAUUCUGAGAUCGAAGGCAAGCUCUUUGUGGACUUCGUGGACGGCAGGAGCAAGACGGAUGUGGGCCGUCUCAUCGCGCAGGCCUGCAAAGGUUCAGACCAGGCUUCUCUUGCUCUACUCGUUGCCAAGGACGGUAAGUGUCUCGAGGUCUUCUUCAAUGCCACCCCGUGGCGCGAGGAGGGGGGCGUGGUCCGCGGCUGCGUGCUGUUCGGCCACUUCGUUGCCGAGCAGGCCAGCAGUAGCAUGCAUCCCUUCUACCAGGAUCCUCUGGAGCGCGUGUUCGAGACGGCAGGCAUGCCAGUCUUUUGCAUCGACAAAGGCGGUUGCGUCACGAUAUGGAACAGGAAGUUGGCAGAGCUGACCGGGUAUUCCAGAGAGCACGCGCAAGGGCAGGCUCUGGUCAAGAGCUUCGUCGCCAAGGAGUCUGCUGGGGAUAUCCAGAAGUUGCUGGGGAACUCCUUGGACAAGUGCACUCUGAAGAUCGCUCUGCUGACCAAGAGUGGGGAGCGCGUGGACAGGCUGUUUGCUGUCACUGUUAUGCGCGAUGCGGCUGGGAAUGUAUGCGGAGCUCUUGGCCUUGGCUACGAGGUUACAGAACCAGACGUUGCAGCCAAGGGCACCGCAAUCAUUUCUGAAGAUUUGGCCCGUGUGAUGGACACCGCCAGCGCCAUGGUGUUUGGCAUCGACAAGGAUGGGCGUGUCACAGAGUGGAACCAGAAAAUAGCAUCUAUCUCUGGCUGCGAACGGCAGCACGCCUUGGGCAUGCCCUUCGUGGAGACGUUCGUAUCACCUGGCCACCAUAAAGAGGCCGAGACGGCUCUAAACAUGGUUUUGCUCGGGUACGAUACCACUGAAUGUGUAUUCCAUCUUGUCAGGAAGGAUGGCCAGAAGUGCGAGGCAUUGGUGAGCACUUCAGUGCGCCGCGGAGCUGCAGGACAAAUUACAGGCAUCAUUGCGGUCGGGCAGGACGUCACUCAGCUGAUUCGGAACAAUGAGGACCACCGGUGCUUUGCAGAAGAGUGGGAGCAGUUCAUUGAAACCGCCAAUGCGCCUCUUUUCGGUGUGGACCUCGAGGGUAAUGUGAAUGAGUGGAACACCAAGAUUGCAUCGAUCACGGGUUAUUCUAGGGAGGAGGCGCUCGACAGACCUUUCGUUCAAGAUUUUAUUCCUGAGGUUCACCACGCCCGUGUGCAGGAAGUAUUGUCGGAAACGGGCAGCGGCUGGGAGAGGGCGAACUUUGAAGUCCCUCUGCAGACGAAGCACGGGGUGCACAUUGACGUCGCCAUCAACACCACAACGAGAAAGAACGGCGCAGGCGAGAUCGUUGGGGUCUUCGGCCUGGGGAACGACAUCACGAGCCUCAAGGACGCAGUCAGAAAGAUGACCCGCGAGGCCUACAACCUUUCCCGCCUGAUCGAGACGGCGAACGCCCUGAUUUUUGGCGUGGACCUCUCGGGCAAGGUUGACGAGUGGAACACCAAGACCGCAGACCUGACGGGCUAUUCCAAGGAGGAGGCGCUUGGUCGCCCGCUUGUCCGGGAUUUCAUCUCUGCUGAGCACAGGAGUGCGGUGGACCAGCUCCUUACGGACGCCCGCAAUGGGAAAGAGGCUGCCAAUUUCGAACUUUCGCUCGCCACGAAGAGCGGGAAACAUAUUCAGAUAUUGCUAAACGUGACGAUCCGGCAUGACGAGAGUGGCGCGGUCAUCGGAGUGCUCGGCGUGGGUCAGGAUAUCACAGAAUUCAGGGUUGAUCUCACAGGUAGAUCCAGCAUCGUAGACGACUUGGCGCGCUUCAUUGAUACCGCGAAUGCGCCCAUCUUUGGGAUCGACAAGAAUGGUCGAGUCACAGAAUGGAAUCAGAAGGCCGCAGCGAUAUCGGGCUAUGGGAAGGCGGAAUGCAUCGGCAAAGUAUUCGUUGACACGUUCCUUUCAGACCAAUUCAAAAAGGAAGUCGGAGACGUACUAAGCAAGGCCCUAUGCGGAGGUGACACGACAAACCUCACGUUCCCAUUGUUCACAAAGGACGGGUACAGGAGGGAGAUCUCUUUGAACGCUACGGCGCGCAGGGGGGCCAAUGGGGAUAUCACCGGCGUGAUAGGGGUCGGUCAGGACGUGACCGAGCUCAACCAGAUCAGCGCCCAGAAUCACCGAAUGGCCUCGGAUUGGCAGCGCCUCAUCGAGACCGCCAACGCGCCGAUCUUCGGGGUCGACAUCUACGGGAAUGUCAACGAGUGGAAUGCGAAGGUCGCGGAGGUCACGGGCUACCUGAAGACCGAGGUGGUGCGCCGGCCCCUGGUGCAGAACUUCAUCGCCCGAGACCACCAGGACAGGGUGCAGAACGUGCUGACGGCGGCCCGCAAUGGCCGAGAGACGGCGAACUUCGAAUUUCCGCUGGCGACGAGGACGGGGAAACAGAUUGACAUCUUGUUCAAUGCAACGCCCAGGCGGGACGAGAAGGGCGUGGUCGUGGGCGUGUUCGGCGUAGGGCAGGACAUCACGAACCUGAGAUCGGCUCUGACUGAGAGCAAGUGCAUUGCAGAUGAUUUGACCCGUCUGAUCGAUACGGCGAACGCCCCAAUUUUCGGAAUCGAUACGAAAGGACUUGUGAACGAGUGGAAUUCGAAGGCCACGGAGAUCUCAGGGUGGGGGAAGAAAGAGGCAUUUGGCAAGGUAUUUGUCAACACUUUCAUAUCCGAAGACUUCAGGAGUCAAGUGUCUGAGGUUCUCACGAGAGCUCUCGCCGGUAGCGACACUGCAAAUUUCACUUUCCCACUCUUCGCGAAAGAGGGCCGCAGGCGUGAGAUCUCGCUGAACGCGACUGCUCGCCGCGGUGCCGACGGAGAGAUAAUCGGCGUGAUCGGCGACAGGACAUCACAAAUUACGAGCAGAGCCGUUUAG